AUGUCAGUGGCAACGAACAAGAAAGAUGGGUCCACUGUGAUCACCUUGACCUCUGACCCUGUAUGUGUUUGGCGUCUUCUGUUUGGCCACCUCAAGGCACUUUGUUGCUGCAGCCCGGUGUGCUGCUCUGUGUCUGAGCACCUGAGGAGGGUCCAGGGUGGCUCUCAGUCAGCUCUGGGGGCUACGCAGAUUAUGGUUGGAGUCAUCAACAUCGUCCUUGGGAUCAUCGUUGGUAACAACAGUGGCGACUAUUGGCAUACUGUGGACGACUGGUAUCCUGUGAUGCUUGGAUUUUUGUUUGCUGCCUUCGGGACCAUGAGCAUUUUGUCUGAGAAGUACCCCAGUCCAUGCCUGGUCAUUGCUAGUGUGAUUGCAAAUCUGGCAGGAGUUGCCUUUGCCAUUGCAGCCAUCACACUCUACUGUUUCUUUGACAUGGGACUGUACGGCUUGUGCCAGCGCAGUGAUACAGAAUACUGGUUUGGAGAAUGGAUAACGAUGCCUCGAAUUCCAUCUGUUGAGGAGAAAAUCAUGAUGGAGAAAUGCAGAGAGGCUGCAACAAUGGCCAGAAAAGCAUUCUUCACCUUCCCCGCCAUGAUGUCCGUCCUCGAGCUGUGCCUCGUCAUCAGCUCUGCUGUUUUGGGCAUCAAGUCUCUGGUGAGGAGUCAGAAGGAAAACAACAAGACCUCUGUUGACCCAAAUCUCUACAGAGUACCCCUGCUGAAGGAAAUCUCCACCAUCACAGGUUAA